CGCCAGGUGCCUUCAGUGUGGUCUCUCUCACAGACUCACACGCCCGUCGAUCGGCCCCAUGCUAGCUUAAUGUACAUCCAUCCCAAUAUGCUAUACUGAGCAGAGUAUAAAGUAAAGCCUUUGGGUGGAUGCUACUACUGAGCAGAGAGUAUAGCCAAGUGUUUUGUGCUGCUAGCUAGAAGAAGAAAACCAUCUCUGCCUAGAAACAAACACAAGAACAGCAACCAGAGAGAGUGAGAGAGGCCUCUGUUCCAAUGGAUUCUGACCUGGACUUGAGCUUCGAUUUCUCUUGGCAGACGCCUCUCUUCUUCGACCUCGACCUCGGCGUCGUCGACAGCAUCUACAUGCCGGCGGCGGUGGAGGACAUGCCAUUGCCGGCGGAGGACUCGCUUUCCGGCCUCUACUCCUGCUACGACGACUCCAGCUCGCCGGACGGCGCCUGCAACUCCAGCUUGACGACGACGAAGACGACGGCCACGGAGGGCAGGGUGAGCAAGAACGUGAUCCUGGAGAGGGACCGCCGGAGGAGGCUCAACGAGAAGCUCUACACCCUCCGCGGUGUCGUCCCAAACAUCACCAAGAUGGACAAGGCGUCGGUGAUCCAGGACGCCAUUUCGUACAUCGAGGAGCUGCAGGAGCAGGAGCGGCGGCUGCUGGCAGAGAUCUCCGGCCUCCAAGUCGAACCCGCGGCGGCCAUCAAGGCGGAGAGCAGCUUCGUGUCGACCGGCGAGGUGGUCGAGGAGGAGGAGGAGGAAGACUCGCCGGCGAGACAGAGGAGGAGGAAGAUGAGGAGGACAGGCUCUGCCUCACCCAUCAACGAUGAUGCCUCCUUCUGUUUCUGUUCCCCUGCCACGCGUCCGGUGGAGAUCCUCGAGCUCCAGAUAACAGAGGUAGGGGAGAAGAUGGCGGUGGUGAGCCUGAGGCACGGCAAGAAGCGGCGGGGCGACUUAACAAAGGUGUGCAAAGCGCUCGAGUCCCUGCACCGCCUCCACGUCAUCACGGCAUGCAUCACCACCAUCUCCGGCAACAUCGUCCACACCAUGUUCGUGGAGGCAGAAGGAAUGAGUGGUUCUCAGGUGAUCAAGGAAAUGGUACAGGCUGCACUAGGUCAGUUCGGUACAUACGAAGAGAGGUCACUGGAAUACAUGAGCUACCAGUGAAGAUUAAGCGUUGUUUCGGUCAAAAAAAAGGAAAAAGAUUAAGCGUUGUGAAGUAAACGAUGCAUGGGCUAUUUACACUCCUAGUAGUAUAUCCCGACUCUCCAUGUUUCAUCAUUUUCACAUUGCUUCAAGGUGUGUGCCGGCCGUACACUGUAACGCUAUUGCUGUAGUCUCCGUGCACUGUUGCAAUAAAAAGAAACAGUUUUGUUGUUCCUAAGACGGUUGAGGAGUUAACAAUCUUCUCAUCCAAUCACUGAGAUUCGUGCAAGGAUAAUGUAAAGUCGAAGAACCAUUUUAUUUCA